GUGGUGGUGAGUGUGACGCGGCGAUUGGAUGAUGCAGGAAAUAAAGCUAUGGUUGAAGGACCAUCUGGAUGAUCUGGACAGCAAAGAGUUUAAGUGCUUUAAAUGGUAUCUUCACACUCCAGAUGAGUCUAAGGAUGGUUUCAAACCUAUCAAGAAGAGCCGUCUGGAACUUGCAGACAGAUUGGACACAGUAGAUCUGAUGUUUCAGAUGUACACCACAAUCACCAAGGAGGUGGCAGAGACGAUUUUCAAGAAGAUCAUUCCAUAUGAAGGACAUGCAUUUAAAUUUUGGAUUCUGAAUAUUUUGGAAAACCUGGACAAUAAGGAGCUGAAGUUAUUCCAGUGGUACCUUUGCAAAGAAGAUGAGUCCAAGGAUGGCUUCAAACCCAUCAAAAGAUCUGAGCUUGAUGGUGCAGACAUAAUGGGCACAGUAGAUGUCAUGGUUAAGACGUACCACCAAAACAUCAGGAAGGUCACGAAGGAGAUCCUGGAGAAGAUUGAAAACAAUAAAGACAAAGUUCCACCUGAAAUUGAGGAGCAGAUUAAUUCAUCUACUCCAAGUGAAGAGAACGAGCUCAACACGAUGCUUAGUAACUUUGAGAGUAAGGUAUCUAUAGAAACCUUGACACAACUUAUAGAGGAUCUCAUGAGUGAAAACAUCUUGACGUCAUCGGAUAAGGAUGAAAUCUUUAAAAACCACACCAGAGUAAACAUGGCCACCUGCUUAGUUGACAUAGUGAAGGAAAAUGGAAACUCCCAAAAGCUGAUUGAUCAUCUUCAAACCAAAUAUCCACAACUGUUGUCUGAUGUAGAGUCAACUUCUAACCCAGGUCAAAAGUCUGAUGAACAUCGCUCCUCUAGUGAAAACUGCUCCAAGGACAAGGAAAAGGAAAUCUUACGGAAGAUCUGGCCUGAUGGAAACGAUGCUGAAUUGUUGAAGGACCGUCUGGAUGAUCUGGACAGCAAAGAGUUUAAGUACUUCAAAUGGUAUCUUUGCACUUCAGAUGAGUCUAAGGAUGGUUUCAAACCUAUCAAGAAGAGCCGUCUGGAAGAUGCAAAGAGACUGGAUACAGUAGAUCUGAUGUUUCAGAUGUACACCACAAUCACCAAGGAGGUGGCAGACAAGAUUUUCAAGAAGAUCAUUCCAUAUGAAGGACAUGAAUUUAAAACUUGGCUUCUGGAUAUUUUGGAAGACCUGAACAAUAAGCAGCUGACGUCAUUCCAGUGGUACCUUCGCAAUUUACAUGAGUCCAAGGAUGGGUUCAAACCCAUCAAAAGAUUCAAGCUGGUUGGUGCAGACAGACUAGACACAGUAGAUGUUAUGGUUAAGACGUACCACCCAAAAACCAGGGAGGUCACGAAGAAGAUCCUGAAGAAGAUUGAAAUCAAUAUAGAUGAAGUUCCACCUGAAAUUGAGGAGCAGAUUAAUUCAUCUACUCCAAGUGAAGAGAAAGAGCUCAACACGAUGCUUAGUAACUUUGAGAGUAAGGUAUCUAUAGAAACCUUGACACAACUCAUAAAGGAUCUCAUGAGGGAAAAGAUCUUGACGUCAUCGGAUAAGGAUGAAAUCUUUAAAAACCGCACCAGAUUGAACAUGGUCACCUGCUUAGUUGACAUAGUGAAGGAAAAUGGAAACUCCCAAAAGCUGAUUGAUCAUCUUCAAACCAAACAUCCACAACUGUUGUCUGAUGUAGAGUCACCUUCUAACCCAGGUCAAGAGUCUGAUGAACAUUGCUCCUCUAGUAAAAUAGAGAAACACUCUGCAGUCCCUGAAGCAAGCAAACGCUCCUCUAAGAACUUCUGUCCUGAUUGGUGUUGGGAUUUUUCAACAAAAAAACCAGCAGAACCUGGAGAGAUGCCUUGUAUGGACUGCUCACCAUGCUUUAAAAACUGUUUGGAUUUUCUAAGAGCCAUCGAGGAAAGGAGGGAAUUCAGGUCCCAGACUGCAGACAGUGAUAAUAACAAGCAACGGCAGAAGCAUCCGGAAGAACUGGACCCGGGACAGAAGGGCUACCUUCACACUGCAGAAGGUAGCUCCAUACUCACCAAAAACGACACGCUGCAGGGAGCAGACGGACGGGACACAGCACACCCGAUGACUGAACCAUACCCAACAAACACCUGGGCGGUCAAUAAAGAGAACGAGCUCAACAUGAUGCUUCUGGAUUUUGUGAGGAAGGUAGCAAAAGAAACCUUGAAACAACUCAUAGAGAAUCUCAAGAGGGCAAACAUCUUGAAGUCAUCUGAUGAGGAGGCAAUCUUUCAAAACCACACCAGAGUAAACAUGGCCACCUGUUUAGUUAACAUUGUAAUGGAAAAGGAAACCAAUGCCUACAAGGAUAUGAUUCAUCAUCUUCAAACCAUCGAUCCACAACUGUGGUCUGAACUACAGUCAUCUUCUAUUGCGGGUCAAGAAUCUGGUGAACAUCUCUUUGACAAUAAAAUACCCUUGAAGGACAUGAAGAAUAUCUGGCAGCAGAAAUCUCCUGGAGACAGCGAUGAUGCUGAUGCUCUAUGGUUGAAGGAACGUCUGGAAGAUCUGGAUAGCAGAGAGUUGAAGUACUUCCACUGGUACCUUUACACUUUACACGAGUCUGAUGUUGACUUCAAACCUAUCGUGAAGAGCAGUCUGGAACAUGCAGACAGAUUGGACACAGUAAAUCGGAUGUUUCAGAUGUACAGCACAAACACCAAGGAGGUGGCAGAAAAGAUUUUCAAGAAGAUCAUUCCAUAUGAAGGACAUGUGAUUAAAAUUUGGCUUCUGGAUAUUUUGGAAGACCUGAACAAGAAGGAGUUGAAGUUAUUCCAGUGGUACCUUCACACUACAUAA